AUGGGGAGCCCGGCGGGCGCUCCCGCCAAGCGCGCGCGGUGCGAGGAGCCCCGCAGCCCCGGCAGCGACCCACGGCUGUGGGACACGGAGCGGCUCUGCCAGCACCUCGCCCGCUGCGGCGUGGGCGAUCCCGGCCUGCUGCGCCGCUUCCGAGAGAGCGGGGUCACCGGGAGGAUGCUGCUGGACCUGCCGGCCUGCGCCCCCGAGCUCAUCCGCGUCUGCUGCCCAGCUGAGCGACUGGAAGUGCUGGCGUGCCUGACACAGAUGCAGCAGCAGCACAUGGAGGUGAUGAAGGUUUUUAAUGAUCCUAUUCAUGGGCACAUUGAGUUGCAUCCCCUGCUGGUUCGGAUCAUCGACACCCCUCAGUUCCAGCGCCUGCGCUACAUCAAGCAGCUGGGCGGGACCUACUUUGUGUUUCCAGGGGCCUCUCACAACCGCUUUGAGCACUCCCUGGGGGUUGGCUACCUUGCAGGAUGUCUGGUUCGUGCACUGAAGGAGAGACAGCCAGACCUGGGUAUAACUGAGCAAGACAUCCUCUGUGUAGAAAUUGCUGGGCUUUGUCAUGAUUUGGGUCAUGGGCCAUUUUCACACAUGUUUGAUGGAAGAUUUAUUCCACUCACUCGUCCAGAUUUGAAUUGGAAGCAUGAAACUUCUUCCGUUCAAAUGUUUGAGCACUUGGUCACUUCCAAUAAACUAGAAGAAGUCAUGAGGUCCUAUGGUCUUGUCCUGGAAGAAGAUCUGUUGUUCAUCAAGGAGCAAAUAGGAGGGCCCAUAGAUGAAACUGCCUGUGUGAAAUCGUGGCCCUACCGUGGUCGACCAAAGGAGAAAAGUUUCCUCUAUGAGAUUGUAGCUAAUAAAAAAAAUGGCAUUGACGUUGACAAAUGGGAUUAUUUUGCAAGGGAUUGCCAUCACCUGGGAAUCCCCAAUAACUUUGACUAUAAGCGAUUGCUUAUCUUCACCCGGGUCUGUGAAGUGGGGAACCAGAAGCACAUCUGCCCCCGUGACAAGGAAGUUGGAAAUCUGUACGAGAUGUUCCACACCCGGAAUUGCCUGCACCGGAGAGCAUACCAGCAUAAGACUGGCAACAUCAUUGAAAUAAUGAUAACAGAAGCCUUUCAAAAAGCAGACAAAUAUUUUGAAAUAAGAGGCUCUGAAGGAAAAGUGUAUCGGAUUUCUACAGCAAUGGAGGACAUGGAAGCCUACACUAAACUAACUGACUGUGUCUACCUGGAAAUCCUGCACUCAAGUAAUCCGGAACUGGAGGAGGCACGAGAAAUUUUGCGUAAAAUAGAACGACGUGAAUUAUACAAGUUUUUAGGAGAAACUCGACCUGAAUCGAAGAAGGAAAUUAUAAAGAGUAACAGCCUGGCAGAAAGCAUUGCUAAUUCCAAGCCAGAGAAGGACCCUCCAGAUGUGGAGCUAAAGGCUGAGAAUUUCAUAGUUGAUGUUAUUAGCAUGGAUUAUGGAAUGAAGGAACAGAAUCCAAUUGAUAAGGUUCACUUCUAUUGCAAGGCUGAUCCUUCCAAGGCAGUUAAAAUCAGUAAAGAACAGGUUUCAAAGCUUUUACCCAAAAUAUUUAUGGAGCAGGUUGUCCGGGUUUAUUACAAAAGUCAGGAUCCACAUAUUAUUUCAGCUGCAAAACAGUACUUUGUUCAGUGGUGCAUGCAGAAUGAUUUCACCAAACCACAGCUCCCAUCUGGGGGUGCUUUGGUUUCACUGGAGGCUGGAGACACCUGAAAGUACCACAGGAUCAUGGAAUCAUGGAAUGGUUUGGGUUGGAAGGGGAUUUUGAAGAUCACCUUGUUCCAAAGCCCUGCCAUGGCAGAGACACUUUGCACUAGACCAGGAUGGUGAUGUUGUUGCUCCUCAUCUAACUCCAAUGAAGGAAACCUGGAAUAAGAUGACAGAUGAUGAACACAGGAGAGCCUCAGAACCCAGCUGCAAACAAAGGCUUUCUUUUGAUAAGUAACAGGUUUCUUUUUGGUGCUAUGCAGUCUCCUUCCUCAGAAGCUGAGUAAAUUUGAGCAUCAGCUUUUCUAAAAGCUGGUUGGACGGCCUGGAAUAAUUCACAGAACAAUGCAGAAUGUAUUUUGCAAUACAGAAUGUUUUAAUGUAGAUAUUUAAAGUGCAUCUUCCAGAUGGACUUCUAAAAACCAAUUUAUUACAACAGAGUCAACUUAGUUCUCAUUGAUUUUUUUAAUGUAGUGGCACUGUGUAGCAGGAGUAACUUUAAAAAUUGCAAUUCAUUUUUAUUACAAGAUUUUACUACUCCAUCCAGUCCUGGUCCCUUCCUAUUGCAUGACUUAGCAGAAAAAAUCCCAAGCCAGGUUUGAUGGGGUUUUUGGGGGGGGCUGGGGUUUUCUUAGUGUCUGAGGAGGAGAGGGAUAGGUAUGCUUCUGAAAAUAGAGUGAGGUAAAGAAGAAAGUACCAUGGGAGGCAUCUUCAAAAUUAGCAAAAUUAAUUUAAUGAAAAAAAAAAAAGGGAGGGAGAGGGGAAUCUUUUGAUAAUCAAAGAUUAAAUUUCUGGGAUUCAAAAAGCUGGUGCAAACCUCUUGCUACAAGUGACCACAUUUUUUAUUGCAGUAACAAUGCAUUGCACUGCCAUGCAGCCUUUUAUUGUUUUAUUGUGUAUUUUUGAUACAUAGAAUGUUAUAUUUUUUACUGUCUGUCCUGCAAAGACUGCUCAAAAGGCCAGUGGUGUGAGCAGUUGCAGGAAGGCCAAGCUGCCCAGGUGUUUGCCAGGGCUCAGGUGUGCAGAGAGGGCUGUGCCAGCAGGGCUCUGCACCAAGAGCACCUUGGCUGUGCUGUACACUGUCCUGGGCAGGCAGGCUCAUCAGGAAUCCCUCCAUUCUUGUAUCUGCUCUGUUCUCCUGGACCUCAUGGCUGUCCCUGUACCAUUUUUCUGUCUCUUGUAGAUCUCUGAGGGUUCUUACAGUUUUCCUGUACUGGCAGUACUGGUGUGAGUGUUCUGAAUGUCUGUGCUGUUGGACAAAUGAAGACCAUUUUCCUCUCAUCUUUUACUCAGGUCUAAGAGGAAGGCUGCUUUCAUUAAAUAAAACCUCAAAGCUUGAAAAAGUCUGACCACAAAACUAAAAACAAAAGUAAAAGGUUCAGUAAUGCUCAGGAAUUGGAGCAAUCUGUGGCCUUUAUAUCUGGAAAGGGGAGAGAGGUGUUGUACAUCUGGCUCAGGCUGUCAGGUGUGGGUGGCCAGGGUAGGUCCUGAAAAACAGCCCAGUGGGAAGGUGCUGUGAUAGAACUCCACAGCCCCUGUAAUGUCUCCUUUGCCCUUUUUAUGCUGGGAACUGAUGCUGUUGGAGGGAGGGAAAAUGAGUAGCCAGGUGCUUCUGCUGCUUAUGUGUCUGAAGGUGUAAUCUCUGGUGCUCCCUGUCUAACAGUAUUUCAGACCUGCAGAUGAACCAGAUUGGUUAGAAGGGCUUGUGGCCUCUUUAAAAGCUUUUAAAAAAUUUGCUAUUCCUCAAGAAACAAUAUCUUAGAAAUAUAAUUUAUCUCCCUUGUCUGCAUAAGAUUGAGUUUCAUUUUGAUAUAAUUUUGUUCUUGUUGAUUUGGUUUGUUUUUAAUUUGUUACUAACUGCACUUUAUACUUGGAAAAGACCUUUUGUUUAUGUUAAACCAAAAGUGUAUACUUAAAUUUAAGUUCUGAGAGCAUUUCUUUUCUCAACCUCUUCA